AUGGAAGAUUCGCGUGGUCAAUUAAUACCUAAUCGUGAUACAAGAUCAUCAAGUGUAAAGAAGUUUUGUGGUUCAAGAUGUUGUGUCACUAUUUUAAUUUUUAUUAUUAUUGGUUUAUUAAUUUCUACAAUUAUACUUGCACAUCGACUGCAUUCUAAAUCAUCUCAAACCCAAUAUGCUGUCGAUGGUACAAUUGGAUUUCCACCCCGUUUGCCGAAUGAUGGUCCUUAUGUGCAAUGGACCUUUUUACAUAUGAAUGAUGUUUACGAAAUGCUACCGUUAGAUGGCGGUGAUAAAGGUGGUUUGUCACGUGUAGCUCGUGUUCGCCAGUUAUUACUGGAAGAAAAUCAGGAAACAUUUACAUUUUUAGCGGGUGAUCUGUUGUCACCAUCGGCACUAAGUCUAGCAAAAGUAGAUAACGUAUCGUUGAAUGGAAGACAAAUGGUGGCAAGUAUGAAUACAUUGGGUUUAGACUUUAUUACAUUUGGUAAUCAUGAGUUUGAUUUAAAAGAAACUGAUUUACUACAACGAAUGAAUGAAUCACAAUUUACAUGGAUAAGUACGAAUGUAUUUCAGUUAAACGGUCAACCAUUUUCAAAAACUAUACCAUAUAAACUAUUGACAAUUGCAAACAACGUCCGUAUACUCAUAUUUGGUUUAACAAUUGAUUCUAGCUUGGGACCAGGCACAGCUUAUGUGCAAAUAGUGAACACAUCAUCAUUAAUUCCAUUUGUUCAAAAAUUUCUAUCCUCAUUAACAGAAAAAUACGAUGUUUUUGUUGCACUAACUCAUUUGGAUAUGACAACAGAUAUUCAACUAGUGGAACAAAUACCACAAAUUGAUGUAAUUUUAGGCGGACAUGAGCAUGAAGAUUAUUAUUUGUUGCGUGGCUCUCAUUAUACACCCAUCUAUAAAGCAGAUAGUAAUGCAUUUAGUGUUUAUAUUCAUCGAUGUGCAUUCAAUACCAAAACAAAAAAAUUUCGCCUAUAUUCAACAUUGGCACGUAUUACACCAGAAUUAAUCAAUGAGCCAAAUACAGAAGAAGUGGUCAAAUACUGGUAUGACUUAGGUGUUCAAGGUUUCAUUAAAAUGGGUUUUGAGCCAAAUAAAACUGUGGCUACAUUACCAUUAUAUGUUGAACUAGACGGUCGUUCAACAUCAGUAAGAAAUUUUCCAACAUUACUAACAAAUUUUUCAUGCGAAUGUAUGUUACAAGCAACAUCUACAAAUAGAACAGUUGUUGGAUUAUUUGAUAGUGGUCAAAUACGAAAGGACGACAUACUUCGAGAUACAGUUACACAGUAUGAUAUUUUACGCACAUUACCAUUUCAGAAUAAUGUUUUCUCGCUAUCGGUUCCCGGCAAAUUACUUGCACAAGUAUUAACGCAUGGAAUGUCUUUAAAGGGUAACGGCAUGUUCCUCGUCUAUUGUGGGGUACAUACAAUUGAUCAAGGUAAUACAUGGAUAUUGAACGCGAAUGGCGGCAAUAUAGCUACAUCCGGUCUUAGUUAUAAUGUAGCUACAAUUGCUUAUGCAAAAGACGCAACUGAUUUGAAAAACGCAAUUAUACUUCAGGAAUUAAAUAUAACACAGACAAAAGUUUUAAUCAGUUAUUUAAAUUCAAAAUAUCCACCACCAAUCAGUACCUCUACAAAUUGA